AUGGGUAAUUGUAUUCCAACAAGGCCUCCUACGAACUCGCCUCCUCGAAGCGGGCUUGAGAGGCUGAAAUCGGAGAGUGGGUAUGUUAGUGGAAGAGGAGGGAGUAGAUCAAGUAAGCAUUCUUCUUCAAGCAGGCAAUUUGACUUUUCGAGUAGGCGGUCUGAAGGGAGUGUAAGUAAGAAGAGCGUGGGGGUCUCAAGUCGCGACAGUGAUGGUGGUGGUGGUGGUGGGAGGUUGAUUAGUAGAGAAGACGAGAAUGAAGGUGAUGUUGCAGGUGGAAAUGUACCUCAGAGGAUAUUGACUAGGAAGAGAUUAGAUGCUGGAACUGAUGAACUCAUUGAUGGUUGGCCGAAAUGGCUCACUGAUAACAUUUCAAGAGAUGCUUUAGUUGGUAUUAUACCCAAGAGCGCUGAAUCUUACGAAAAGCUGGAUAAGAUAGGACAGGGAACGUAUAGCAAUGUUUAUAAGGCUCGAGAUCGAAAGACUGGUCAAAUAGUUGCACUAAAGAAGGUCCGAUUUGACACGUCAGAGCCAGAGAGUGUGAGAUUCAUGGCAAGAGAAAUCACGAUAUUGCAGAAACUGGAUCACCCUAAUGUUGUAAAGCUGCUUGGCUUAGCGACAUCCAGAAUGCAGUAUAGUCUUUACUUGGUAUUCGAUUUCAUGGUUUCAGAUUUAUCAAGAAUUAUAACCCGCAAGGAUGAAAGGCUUACUGAGCCUCAGGUAAAAUGCUAUAUGCAACAGCUGCUGGCAGGUCUUCAGCACUGUCAUGGAAGAGGAAUUUUACACCGUGAUAUUAAGGGUUCCAACUUGUUAAUCGAUAGAAGUGGAAUGCUAAAAAUUGCAGACUUUGGCCUCGCAAAUUCCUUUGAUCCUGACAAGAAACGACCUCUGACGAGCAGAGUUGUGACACUGUGGUAUAGAGCACCUGAGCUCCUAUUAGGUUCUACAGAUUAUGGUGUUGGUAUUGAUCUCUGGAGUGCUGGAUGCCUUCUGGCAGAAAUGUUCACUGGGAGGCCUAUUAUGCCCGGCAGGACAGAGGUCGAGCAACUGCACAGGAUCUUCAAGCUAUGUGGAUCGCCAUCUGAAGACUACUGGAAAAAAUUGAAGCUGCCUGCAAGCUUCAGGCCCCCACAGCCAUAUAAACCAAGCUUUUUUGACACCUUUAGUGAAUUUCCAACAUCUUCUCUGGGCCUCUUGCACUCACUUCUUGCUCUUGAUCCUAUGUAUCGUGGUAGCGCAUCUUCUGCUCUUCAAAGCGAGUUCUUUUUUGCAAGCCCCUUGCCGUGCGACCUCUCUGGAUUACCCGUUGUUUACGUGAAAGAGGAUGAACCGAUUCAGACAACCGAGCGAGAAAGGAAAAGAUCCUCUAAAGGGAAACAACAUUCUGGACUUAUUAAAGACGACGCCAUCACAAGUGAACAACCAUAUGGAAUUUUUAAAGAGGACCAAGAAAAGAUUGCUGCAGAAGUUGUUUCACAUAGCCAAGAGACGACUACUGGUAGUAGUACAGCAGGUACUACUAGUACUUCUUCAAGUGUAAAUCCUAGGAAGGAUGAUGAAGUGUCACCUCCCACAGUGUUCGAUAUCGAACCUUUUCAGCCGAAGUUAUUAGCAAGAACAGAAGCUCAUCCUAAUGCAAUGAAGAACAUUAAGAAUAAACCUCCAGUGCCUAUCUCCACAAAAACAAGUAACAUGUCUAAUUUCAUUAAUGAAGGUAAAGAUAGCAAGUAUAGGCUGACUCAUGAGAAAAGAUCAAUUUCAACAAGAGAUUUCCGGCAGUUUCACCAAGACCAAAUGAAUAAGAUUACACCUUAA